AUGGUGAGCAAAACAGAGGAAGAACAAGUGAAUAGAUUGGAGAACCAAGUGGACAAUGAAGGAGGAGGGGCUUGGGAGUACCUUUGUCUCGUACGGAAACUCAAGCUUCGUCGAUCAGAUAAGGUCUUGAAGCACGGUUUGGAAAUCUUGAACAACCCAAAAAAGCGAUCCGCUCUCGGCCCAGAUGAGGUUGCCAGAACUGUAGCCUCAUACAUUGCCACGACCUUAUCAUUUGGCUCACACCAUCGCGCAAGGGACGUAUGCUGCCUAAAAGCUGGGCAUGUGUUUGGAAAUUUACACGAGAGCAAUGACAUCAGUGGCACAUGUAGGCUGGAAGCAAUGUUGGUUGAAGCAAAAGGAUCUUGGGCUGAGGCAGAAAAAGCUUAUAUAAGCCUUCUGGAGGAUAAUCCAUUUGAUCAAAUAAUUCUUAAGAGGAAGGCAGCUCUAGCGAAGGCGCAAGGCAAUAUUUCAGGGGCCAUUGAAGGGCUGAAUAAAUAUCUAGAAACAUUCAUGGCAGAUCAUGAUGCCUGGAGGGAACUUUGUGAAAUAUAUGUCUCCCUACAAAUGUACAAACAAGCAGCUUUCUGCUAUGAGGAGCUAAUCUUAUCUCAACCGACAAUUCCACUAUAUCACCUAGCCUAUGCUGAUGUAAGUGGCUUCUCAAUGCUUUUGGCUUCAGAGUUUGUUCCAACAGCUGCCAUAUGUGAGAUCCUGAUCAUCUUUCUCCCAGUCUUCUUGCCUGCUGGGGGAAGGAAAGAAUUUCUUUCCAGGACUAGGGAAGGCCAAACUCUGGAUGGGCUGCCAGGUUCUGCCUACGCUCCGGUUUCACUUCCCUCAAAAACUUCUCUCAAGCUGAAUGUUGCUGCUACCCAGCUCAAAGAGGUGCUUUACACACUUGGUGGACUAGAAAACAUUCAGGCAGCCAAGAAAUAUUAUGCUUCUACCAUAGACUUAACGGGUGGCAAGAAUACCAGAGCACUUUUGGGUAUAUGCUUGUGCACAUCUGCUGUUGGACAACUGACAAAAGGGCGGAACAAGGAGGACAAGGACAGCCCAGAGCUGCAGCAUCUGGUGGCGGCAGCCUUGGAGAAAGAUUACAAGAAAAGAGCUCCCAGCAAACUUUCUCUGCUUAGCUCCACCUUAAGAAGCUUGAAACUCUCAUCAUAA